GACGCGCAAUGUGCGACACGUUUAAACGCAAGCAGAAAUAUACAUCGAUGUAAAUAAUGCGCUUAGUUAUUCAUACUGCCACGAGGUUUUCUGCUACCUUCUUCUCUGCACAGUACUCUCGAAAAAGCACGUCUUUAUUUUCAGCUACUUACAUUCAUUUUAGAAAAAUGGCACAUUACCUUACAGAGCUGCGAGGACGACCAAACUCUACUGACUACAGGGUUUACUUGAAAAGUUCAGAUGGAAAGUACAUAUCCCCUUUCCAUGACAUUCCUCUCUAUGUUUCUGAUGAACAGGAAUGUGGUGUUCCACCAAAGAAGUUAAAAACUAAUGAGAUAUUGUUUAAUAUGGUUGUAGAAGUACCUCGUUGGUCAAAUGCCAAGAUGGAGAUAGCAACAAAGGAACCACUGAACCCAAUCAAGCAAGAUGUGAAGAAAGGCAAGCUGCGAUAUGUUGCUAACAUUUUUCCACACAAAGGUUACAUUUGGAACUAUGGUGCACUUCCACAGACAUGGGAAGACCCCAGCCAUACUGACAAGGAAACCAUGUGCUGUGGAGACAAUGACCCCAUAGACGUGUGUGAGAUUGGCUCCAAGGUGUGUGUAACAGGGCAGGUGAUUCAGGUUAAAGUUCUUGGAAUUCUGGCUUUGAUAGAUGAAGGAGAGACUGACUGGAAGGUAAUAGCCAUCAAUAUAGAGGACCCUGAUGCAUCAAGCCUUAACAACAUUGAGGAUGUGAGAAAGAUUAAGCCUGGUCACCUUGAGGCUACCGUAGAUUGGUUUAAAAAAUAUAAAGUGCCAGAUGGGAAGCCUGAGAACCAGUUUGCAUUCAAUGGACAAUUCAAGGAUAAGGACUUUGCUAUAGAAGUCAUAAAAUCAACACACAGCUUCUGGAAAGCAUUAGUGAUGAGAAAAAAGAUGAAAGGUGAUGACAUUGUUUGUCAAAACACUUCCUUAUGUGAGAGUCCAUUCAAAUGCAGUGAUGCAGAGGCCAGUACUGAAGUUGAAGCUGCUACACAAUAUGGGGAACCCCUUCCAGUACCAUCUGAAGUGGACAAAUGGCACUUCUUCACGAAGUAAAAGAUCAUUACCUCUUUGCAGUGUGAUCUCAGAAGAAGGUAGAAAAGGCCAGAAGAUGCCUUUAUAUGGGUUCAGUAAUGUCCCUGGUGCAAAGAUUUUUGUUUUAUUAAUGUUUUUUUUUUU